GACUGGCAAGUGGCAACUGGCAAUUGAAAACAGAAAAAGUCAGAACGUAUUUGUAACGUUAUUUUUGCAAUGGCAGUUUUUUUGUUUUAUAGUGUUUAGUUUAAAAAAAAAACCUAAAAUUAAUAAAAAUAGGAUGUCUACCUACGGUAUCAUAUUGACUUGAAUUACCGCGUUAUGUAUUCUAUAAGAUAAAAUAGUUCGAUGAUACAGCGAGGACGCGAGUGUAAGAUGCCUUGCGAGAGCUGUGGUAUACAAUUCAGCGUAUUCAAGAGAAAACGGGCUUGUUCGGAAUGUGAACGAUACUACUGCAGUGGCUGCUUGCGUCGUGGCGGCGGAACUAUGUGUGCUCCGUGUAGGGUGCUCUCAACUCGCCCCUUGUCCAGACAAAACAUCGCACACCUCAAAGUCCGCGACCUCCAAUGUUUCCUGCACAGGCAGAACGUAUCCACCAGAGGAUGCGUCGAAAAAGAGGAAUUACUGAACCUGUGUGUGUCCCAUGUAAACAGUGGAGCGUACAGGCGGAGAGGUCCACGGAACAACACUAGUGCUUUCUGCACUCUCAAGGGACUCACCACCAACAUCAAUGAGUUCAUCAAUUCAGCUUUCGACCUCCGAAGUCCGACCAGCCCUCCGCCAGCUUCGGACAGAAGUAACUGUUUCAACUCAUCUCAUCUCCAUUCUCCGACAGCGGACGCUCCUCAUGCCAACACCAGUAUACCUGACAGGCGCUUCACUCCCACCCCGGGGGGUGAGCGAAAUAUCGAGGUUCCAGUACCCGAAGCGGCGGCUCCUCCGGGCGCGGCUCCCCCGGCCGAGGACCCGCCCGUGGACAGCACAGACUGCUUCGAGAUAGAGGACCUGGACGACACCGGCUGGGAGUUCAUCGCGCGCCCCGCGGACCCUCUGCCCAACGACUCGUCCGUGCUGCUGGCGGCGGCGAGCGCGGGGACGCCGCAGAGAGCCGCCUCGUCCCUGGAGCUGAGGAGCGUGUCCGCCGCCGAUGACACCGACACCAACGACACGGCCAGCCUCCAGGACGAGACGGUGUACACGGAGCACGCGGAGUAUCCCACCCACGACCAGCCGUACAGUCCUCACAUACACCUGUCACAGUUCAAGCUAGCCUCGGAUCUGGACACAUUGAACGUCAAACAGCUGAAGGAGCUGCUGAUGAGGAACCGCGUGGAGUACAAGGGCUGUCUGGAGAGGAACGACCUGCUGGACCGAGCCAAGAUGCUGUGGAAGGACCACGACAAGUACAAGGACGAGAUCGACAACCUGCCCAUCGAGGACAGCUGUAAGAUCUGCAUGGCGGCGCCGCUGGAGUGCGUGCUGCUGGAGUGCGGUCACAUCGCCGCCUGCACGAGCUGCGCGCGCCAGCUGGCCGAGUGCCCCAUCUGCCGGCAGUACGUGGUCCGCGCCGUGAGGUUCUUCCGGUCGUGACUCCCCCUCCCCCCUCCCCGCACCUCUGAUGUAAUAAACUCUCAUGUUAUACGAAUCUUUUUGUAAUUCCUUAUCGAUGCGAAGUCUUCGUCCGUCUCUCCAGCCUGCUGCAGCGCUCGGGUCGCUGUGUAGUGACGUCACUGUUGUAUUCUAGCAGGCGCGGUUCGGAUCUCGAGUCACGUGACGUGUUGCCGGCGCCCGGAGACGGCCCUCAGCAUGAUAUAUAAUAAUAUAAAAAGCUUCUUCGUGUGUAGGUUCCGCCAUGUCAGUACGAGUCGUGUCCCGCUCGGCGCGGAGCGGGUUGGAUGUGAUUAUUGUUGAAUGUCCAUGUCGUGUACAUAUCAGUGUGCGAUUGCCGCGUGUGUGUGUGUGUGUGUGAGUGCGUGUGUGCGUGUGUGUGUGUGUGUGUGUGUGUGUGUGUGUGUGUGUGUGUGUGUGUUACAGUAGCGAGGUCGUACCUCGUGACCGAGCCUGGUUCAGGCCGUCGAGGUAGCGUCAGUGUGAUACGCCGGGCGGGCGGGCGUCGCGGCGGGAGCUGUGUGACUUGAUCUGUAUUGUAAAUUGUUACAUUUAAGUCCUUAUUUUUAUAUGAAUUAUUUGUUAUUAUUUUGUACGAUGUUAUUAAGAGAGCCCUCGCUGAUCCCUGGAGUCGUCGGCGUCGUGUGACGUCAUGUGACGUCACCUGUAUAGUGUUUUGUGACGUCAUCUUUUGUAGCGUCAUUUAAAUAAAUCAAUUCCACCCUA